AUGCUGCAGCACAGGAUGCGUGGCGGCUCUGUCUAUCUGUACUGGAAGGGGGACUCAUCUGCUGCUGCUGCUGCUGCUGCUGCUGCAGCAGCAGCAACGGGAGGUGGGGAUGGGGGUGGGGAAAGGGGUGCUGCGACCACAGCAGCAGCAACAGCUGCUGCUGCUGCUGUUGUUGCUGCUGCUGCUGGAAGUGUGUCGUCUGGCUUGUCUCCUUUGGAAAGCAGCCAACUAAAGAGGGAUAGGGAUGAAGCCGGUCCACAGCAGCAGCAGCAGCAGCAGCAACAGCACUAUCAACAGCAGCAGCAGCAGCAGCAGCUGUUUGCUGCUGCAGCCUCUUUUAACUUUUCUGUUUUGGGCUGA